AUCUGUCAGACUUGAAUCUCGCUAAUAAAGGCUGAUCCUCCCAGUGGGCGGACAAGUGAAAACUGCUUCACACAAAAACCAAACGUGAGCUCCGCCGCCGCUCAUUCGUCCAAAAGAUCAGGAAGAGAGAAAGAUGGGUAUCCGCUUCUCAAUCCCUUCAGGUGCUGCCUUAAGGAUUGUGAUGAUUGGGAAAACCGGAGUAGGGAAAAGUGCCGUCGGUAACACCAUCGUUGGUCGAAAGAUUUUUGCGUCUUCGUCGAGUGCAAAGUCUGUGACAGAGACCUGCCAGACAGAACGGGCCAGAGGUCGCAGACAGAUCCAUGUGAUCGACACACCAGGCAUCCUGGACACGUCUAAAAGUGCAGACAGCAUCAAGAAAGAGAUUGCCAAAUGCAUCCAGGUGUCCACUCCGGGUCCUCACGCCUUCCUGCUGGUCAUGCAAAUCGGCAGGUUCACCAAGGAAGAGGAAAACUGCGUGGAAGCCCUGGAGCAACUCUUCGGACCCGAGGCGGCCAAGUACAUGAUUGUUCUGUUCACGCGCGGCGAUGAGCUGCAGGGCAGAACCAUACAGGAGUACGUGCAGAGCGGCCAUCCGAAACUCAGGGAAGUGAUCAACAGGUGCGGGAACAGGUACCACGUCUUCAACAACAAGAAGCGCAUCGACAAGACUCAAGUGGUGGGGCUGUUCGAGAAGAUCGACGACAUGGUGGCAGCGAACGGGGGGAGAUACUUCUGCGAUGAAAUGUUCGAGGAGGUGGAGCAGAAAAUGAAGGAGCAGGGGAUGUACAGCAACGCAGCAGAGCAGCCGGUUUACGACCAAACCUUCAUGGCUGAGCUGCUGCAGAGGGUCAUGCUGUUUCAGGCCAUAUUGGCUGCUGCCGGACGGGACUACCCCAACGACCUGGACGGCACCAACUCCUACCUCAACACCAAACCAAUGUGACGACGUCUCGUACUCCUUCCCGUCUGACACAGAACAGCUGGUUCAUCUGAGAUAACCCUUCUCUUCAACCAGCCACAGUACGGCUGCAGAAGUGUUUGACGGACGUGUUUUUAAAGUGUAGAAAGUGCGAACGUACAAUAGUUCAUGUUUGCAUGUAAGGCAUUUGACGAAAAGCCCCCUUUUUUAGUUCAAGAGCAAUUAUCGAGGUAUGAGAACACCGUUUGUGCAGCAAAGUGUUUUGGCUUGUUUCUUUGCCUGUGAAGGUGACGUCAGUAGGUUCUUGUUAGCUUCUGCGGACCGGCCACGCUUAGCUGUAUGACGCAGGACUAAGAAUAUUCAUUCAUUCAUUCAAUCAUAUCCAGUUAUUUCAAAAACUUGUAUUCCUCAUAACCAGAAAUAAAGAAUUUUCCGACCCGGUGACGACGUCGAAGCUGUUUAUCUUCCUCUCCCGCAUUGGGCUGAAACGCUGCUCUCUGCUUUAAACUCUGGUGCGACGGGUUCCUCCCACUUCAUCUGAAACGUCUAUCAAGGUCAGGCAUGCGAUCAUUUUUUUCAAAGCACGCCUGAAAGAAUGUCCUCCGUUCUCCUUGUGCUACUGGCUCUCGACC